GAAAAAAUGAUGAAUUUGAGAAAGCAUCUGAAUAUUUUUUAUCACAUUUCGUGCAAGCGUCUGAAUUUUUUCCACAGUUAAAAAUAUUAUUGAAAGAUGCACAUGAUAUCGAAACGAAUAACGAAGAUGACAUUGAGCAGGAAAGAAAUUUAACAAAUUUAAUUACAUUGAAUAUGGUUAAGCCUAUUAUUGAAUUACUUGGAAAUUAUAUAAAAACUGUUAAUGUACAAGGAUCUAUAUUUUCAAAAGAUACACAAAAUAAACCUGAUUAUAUUCAAGUACCUAAAAAAUAA